UUGGCACAUCUCUGCUUCCAUUCCUCUCCCUAGUGAGCUGGUGCUUGGGAGAAAAGGGGGAUAAAGCUGCAAGCAGGGACAGGGGCUGGAGCCUUGUUCCAGGGUCCCCCCUCUCUGAGGCUCCCUCUGUCUACACCAGGCGUGAAGGAUGGCGGAGAAGGUGUUGGUGACGGGAGGAGCUGGCUACAUCGGCAGCCACACUGUUCUGGAGCUGCUGGAAGCUGGCUACCAACCUGUGGUGAUCGACAACUUCCACAAUACCAUCCGAGGAGAGGGGGCCAUGCCUGAGAGCCUAAAGCGAGUGGAGGAACUCACGGGCAAGAAGGUAGAGUUUGAGGAGAUGGAUAUCUUGGACAAGGCAGCCCUUCAAGGACUCUUUAAGAAGCACAGCUUCAUGGCUGUGAUCCACUUCGCGGGACUCAAAGCAGUUGGGGAAUCAGUGCAGAAGCCCCUGGACUAUUACAAGGUCAACUUUACAGGGACCAUCCAGCUGCUGGAGGCCAUGAAUGCCCAUGGGGUGAAGAACCUGGUGUUCAGCAGCUCAGCUACUGUGUAUGGGAACCCCCACUACCUGCCCCUGGAUGAGAAGCACCCCACUGGGGGCUGUACCAACCCAUAUGGCAAGUCCAAGUUCUUCAUCGAGGAGAUGAUCCGAGACUUAUGCCAGGCAGAGAAGGCUUGGAAUGCCGUGCUGCUGAGAUACUUCAACCCCAUUGGGGCCCAUGCCUCCGGCCGCAUCGGUGAAGAUCCACAGGGGAUCCCCAACAACCUGAUGCCCUACGUCUCUCAGGUGGCAGUAGGUCGUCGGGAAGUCCUCAGCGUCUAUGGCAAUGACUAUAACACAGUGGAUGGGACAGGUGUCCGAGAUUACAUCCAUGUUGUGGACUUGGCAAAGGGCCACAUCAUAGCCCUGAAGAAACUCAAGGAACAAUGUGGCUGUCGGAUCUAUAACCUGGGGACAGGCACUGGCUAUUCUGUGCUACAGAUGGUGACAGCCAUGGAGAAAGCCUCUGGAAAGAAGAUCCCAUAUAAGAUUGUGGCCCGCCGGGACGGGGACGUAGCCACUUGUUAUGCCAACCCCACACUGGCACAGGAGGAGCUGGGCUGGAAAGCAGAUUUCGGCCUAGACAAGAUGUGUGAGGACCUCUGGAGGUGGCAAGAGCAGAACCCAACUGGAUUUAGCAGCCAAGCCUGAUCAACUACUAAGGAAUGUUGGAAAUGAUGGACCUCCCCGCCAGAGCCUUGGCUUGGGCCUUACCUCACUCCUGGCCUCCCUAGGAUGAAGAGACUCCCACCUAACUCCCACCCCUGGGGGCCAAGCAGACCAAGCUUGACCCCUGCUUACUCAGGAGGGCAUAGGAGAGAGGGCAAGGCCUUACCUACCUACCUCACCUCCUCCUCACUGUCCUCCCCCAUCCAGGGGACCUUCUUCCACCAAGGAGCUGAAAACUCCAGCCCCUUCCCCAACUGAGAGACUGCAGUGGCAGAGGGACAGACUUCUUACUUCUGUAGAAGACAACUAUUUCCAAAGCCCAGGGGCAACACCAUCUUGGGGGUUGGAUAGGGGGCCUCAGGUCAGGCCCAGCCCCUCUCCUCCCAGAACCUUGUCUCAAAAUCAGGAGCUUUUCCAGGUGACAAAUAAACAUUUCUUGUCCUUUGUUUCUGGGCUUUGGCUGCUAAAG